AUGUUGCCGUCACCCGCUUCUUUCUGUUCGUAUCCUCCGGAUGAAAACAAACGAUCUGAACUGGUGAGAAACGACAUCGGUUCACCACUUCAAACCGGAGGUCGUGCGUCGCAGGCGGAGGCUGGGAUAGGAGGCGGCAUGCGUUUUCAGAAACGUCUGUCUUCUAUUCUACUCUAUAGAAGCCACCAUCUCCACCCUUCUAAUUCGUUCACUGUGGUCGAUUCGAUUUCCAUCCAAAGAAAUAUCGACCAAGACGUCGCCUCUAGGACAAAAAUGACAGAAGGCAGGAGAGUCAACGGCUUUGGCGAUGUGGACGGCGACAGUGUGCCGAGGUCGGCUUGUCGAUUCCUCGCUAUAAGCUUUUUCUUCCGCCUCUGGUUUUUUGAUCUCGAAUCAGGUCCUUGCACAAAGAAAUUGUCUCUUCAGGUGGAGUUUGAAAGAUUGCACUUCAAUUGUUCGAUGAAAGUACUCAAACAGCCACCCACUCAUAUGGAUGCCACCACCCGGAAGAGUUGGCGAUGUUGUGCAGUGGAGGUCAGCGGGAAGUCACUUUAUGAAAUAAUCAAUAAACCCACUGAUGGAGGUGUAACUCCUCUUCAUAUGGCUGCACUAAAUGGACACGUUCACUGUUUGCAUUUACUACUUGACUUAGGGACUUCAGUGAAUGAAGUCACUGUGGAAGAUGGAACUACAAUUAACUUAAUUGAUUUUGAUAGAUAGGGGUGCGAGUUUAAGCGCUGAAAAUGCUAAUGGGUAUGAGUUUUAUCUACCGGUUUUGUGUUUUUUUGAUGAGUUUCCAAAAGAAGAAGUGGCAAUUGAGUAAUUAGAUAGUAGAACAAUUGAUGUAUCGCCAAUUGAGUAUGAUGUAAAGCUUGAAGAGGUUGAGUCCUUCUUUGGACUAUCUGCCAAGGUAAAAAGGGUGCUACUUUUUCUUUAUAUUUUUUUGCUGAACAUACAUACAUAUCAAUUUUUUAAUAUUAAGAAAUUUCUAGAAUGACUUUUUGGUGG